UUAAAGGAGUUUUAAACGAAUCUUCCUUUACGACUUUCUACACGAGAGAUAUCCUUUAGAUUUCUAACAGAUGGCGUCUUAUUUUUUUCUUCGAAAAGAUAUAUCUUGCGCAACAUUUUGAGACAUCACUUCAUAUGCCUACAGAGAUGUAUGAAGAGAUCUUUUAGAAAUCCAAAAGACAUUUUACGUCUUAACAAAUAUCUUAAAAAUGUCUUUUAAAAACUUUGAUUGAUAUCUUCUUUGAAAACAUUUCCAAGAUAUCUUCGAUAACUUUGAUGUUUUCUUAAAGAUCUGAAUUAUUUGAUUGCGACGCUUCGGCAAUCCUCUCUAGCAGAAGCUCAUCGAAACUGUGAGCAAACACCGAGCACUUUAGCUGCCGUUACCCUUUAUUACAAAUAUUCCCUUCACUUUCGCUGAGCAGACAUUCAAUGUUUAGUCUCAUCUAAGCACGAAAUCAGCGCACACGCCGUUUAAGAUUCCGUACAAAUAUCCGAGAUGCGGUUUUCCCGAGGGUGCGCGAUACCGAGAUUCGAAAGAUUUCCAGCGGGACUUUUUAUUUUCCACGGAGACAAACAUCAUCUGCCGACAAAGGUAAAAGCACUCCGCACGUAAUAUAUAGUCUCAUUCGGCUCGGUAUAAUUCCAAGCACGUGCGAACAUUUCGAUUUGAUAUAUCCGGAACGUGCACUCCCUUCCUCCCUUCCUACCCCCCCCACUCACUCGUCCAAUGGAGAUAAUUUCGGGGUUAAAUCUCCAUAAAUAUAUUUGCGUGGGAUGUAACGAAACAAUCCCUGGGGCCGUGACUGGCCGCGAAUGCGGCGGAAGGGAAAGAAAAAAUAUGCCAGGAAUGACAGUAACGCAUUAAACGUUACAUUUGCGCAGUUACGCAAAUAUUUAGUGUUCGCAGGAGUCAUAUUUUUGUUCGGUAUCUGGGUCAGCAGCUAUAGCUCACGCUAAUGAAAUUUGCGAUCAACCUGCGACCGCUGCAGCAUUACCCUCCAUCGUCGAUUGUUUAUUCACAGCUUAACCGAUCCCGUGACGUCUCUCACAAACAAAUUGCUAACUUGUUUCGGAUAUGCAAAGCGCGUGGAUCGCGUUAUUAACAGGACGAUUAAAACAGCAGGAUGUUACUCUGCACAAUGCGAAAAAGAGUUGUUUAUUCCAAUUGACUUUUAAAUUUCGUUCCAAUAAAUUUUGACCCUUUUUUGCGGCCGUAAUGCGGAAAUUCGAAUUGUUUAGCGUCUGCGCGGUAUUUUAUCCGCAAAAGAUUUAAUUUGGCCGGCAUAAUCGGAAAUUUAAAACGGAUCCCCUUUUCAUUUGAAACGUACGUUUAAAGAGAUAAAUUUGCUUUAUGCAAACUAAUAUUUGAUAUUCUACUAUAGAUUUUCUUUCUAUUAUUACAAUAUGUCGACGCGUGUCGAGGGUAUACGAAUAUCCAAGAAGCUUCGCGGUAGCCUGGUUCCAAGUUCAGAAAUUGAAUAGCACGGAAAAUGAAUACCUGUCGAUUUCUUUUUAAUUCAUUUAUUUCUCGCGAGCGCCACAGUCAUGUCCGCGCUUCCGUUCAACGAACAGAAAUGCAGCGAUCGAUCGACCCGUUUCACGUCGCCUCCUCUCUCUCUCUCUCUCUCUCUCUUUCACUCGUUCAGUCGUCCCGGUAACGGCGAUAUAAUGCCGGAAAUUAAUAUUCGGAUACGAUGAGGUCAGCUUACUGGCGGCGGAUCUUGCCGGCGGUCGGCGAAUCUAGAAAUAGCGAGCGCGAAGCCGCGGAGAUUCCGGUGAUGGCGGGACAUCGGGAGAAAAGACGGUGGAGACUCUUUAGACGGAAGUGGACCGGACAGAAGAGGAUGUUGCCGCCGACAGCGAUGGGGUAUAUAAAGCGACGCCCGCGUCCUUAAGGACAUCGUUGCUCGAGACAAAUUGAAGCGCGCACGAGAGUAUUGUACGUCACGCGGUCAUGAAGCUGCAGCUCGCUGUCCUCGCCGUUUUCGUCGUCCUGGUUUACGCUUCGGCCAACACGCUACCGGCUGUCUACGAUGGGCCUACUUACGAACUAACCACCAUCGAGGAUCCGGCGUACGACGAGGUGCCGGAGAACCUACCGCCGAUCCGGAACCGGCGUGUGACCUGCGACCUUCUGUCCUGGCAGUCCAAGUGGCUGACCAUCAACCACAGUGCCUGCGCGGCGAAAUGCCUGGCGCAGCGUCGCCGGGGCGGCCGGUGCCGCGACGGCAUCUGCGUCUGUAGGAAUUAGGCGUCGUCACGUCGUGACGCUUCCGAAUCCCUCGGCUCCGACCAACGCAACGUCCCAAGGAUCUUCGGCUUCCGCCCGCCCCGCCCGAUCGCUGUCCCGCGACAUUGGCUACACUGGCGAACUCCGUCACAUUGUAAUCCGAAUUAAUUAUUCGUAGGAGAUCACGCAGUUUAAUCACCCGAUCGAUAGUCCCCCGCCCCCCUGGCCUCGAUUGUCCCUGCGCGCAAAUUUCCGCCGAAAUAACGGAUAACGUCGUUAUUAACGAUAAUUAUUUUAAUCGCUCUCGCCGGGCGUGUUGAUAAUAAGAAUAACGCAUUCUUGCUCGCGUCGCGGGCGUUACACGGGAAAUUGACGAGAAGCGAUAUCGACGUUAUUAAUGGAAAUUAAUUAAACCGUUUAUCGUAAUGGUGCCUGUGAUAGGAGAUUUGUGUAACAUUUGCCAGACGAUGUUAGUCGUCUUUUUACACGCGCAAAAUUUCGGCCGGACCACACGUAGUUUUUGUGGCCGUUAAUUUCGACGAAUUUUGACGAAAUGUCGAUUGAUAUAUCGAAUAUUUUUCGAGUAGUUAAUAUCUGUAGCGUGUAAAAUAAAAUCGAUUAUUAUGUAAUGGACACGGUCGAAUCGUUACCUACAUGAUUUUCAGCUGUAUUGUACUCAUUCAUUAAACUCAACGCAAAUGUAUUUGUGCGUAUGUUAGUUGUGCUGGAACCUGUUCUAUGAAUUUCCGCCGUAAGGCAAUGGACAAUUAGCAAUUAGCUAUUAUUUUAUAAAACAAGACACCAGAUCAGGUAGAAUAAUUCGAUUCAUAGUGUACGGACAGCAAUUUUGUAAUGAAAAAUUAGGUCUCACAAUUUUUAUACAUUAUGCAAAAGGAUUUCUCCGUGCAGAUAUAUCGGAAAUAUAAUAAACAUGAAUGAAUUUAAAA